GCUAUGGAUCUUCCUCAGAAGAACAUGAAGUUGCUUCUGUGGAACUGGUUAUCUGCCAUGGCCUCAGCAAUCCAUAAUCCAUGCAUGGAGAGGAUUCCCCAUGGUCAGAAGUCAACUUGCACAUCUAGUUAAGAUCCAAGGGACCCCACAUCAUAUUUGUCUCAGAUCCAGAGUGGGCAGCAACAUCUAAAUAAGAUAUACAAAACUCAAGCAAGGUGAAACCAGGUAUUUUCACAAAGAAACACAACAGUGGAUGGUCAUCCCAGAUGCCUAGUUAUCAACAUGAGAGCAAACAUGAACAACCAAGACGAUUUGUAUAUUUCAGAAGCCAGCAACUUUAUUGGAAUAGACUCUGAAAAAAAAAAUCUCAGAGAGCAAAGCCCGUGGGAGAGAGACCUCACCGCCUGGUCAGGUGGGCACUCCUGAGGCUGCAGAGCGGAGGAGACCACCAACACUGCCCACCCCUGCCCACAGAGGAAACUGCAUAAGGCCUCUGGGUUCCGUAGGGGAGGGCCCAGGAGUGGCAGGACCCCUGUGCCUGAGACACCUCCGGAACCUGAAGGAAACAGACUGGAUAAACAGUUCUCUGCACCCAAAUCCCGUGGGAGGGAGAGCUAAACCUUCAGAGAGGCAGACACGCCUGGGAAACCAGAAGAGACUGCACUCUGCGCACAUCCAGACGCCAGAGGAAAACACCAAACGCCAUCUGGAACCCUGGUGCACGGAGGCUCCCGGAAAGAGCGGCGCAGAUCUUCCCGGUUGCUGCCGCCGCGGAGAGGACUUAGGCAGUACCCCACGAGCAAACUUGAACCUCCGGACCACAGUUAGGACCAACUUUUCUGCUGCAAGUGACCUGCCUGGUGAACUCCAGACACAGGCCCACAGGAACAGCUGAAGACCUGUAGAUAGGAAAAACUACAUGCCCGAAAGCAGAGCACUCUGUCCCCAUAACUGGCUGAAAGAAAACAGGAAAACAGGUCUACAGCACUUCUGACACACAGGCUUAUAGGACAGUCUAGCCACUGUCAGAAAUAGCAGAACAAAGUAACACUAGAGAUAAUCUGAUGGCGAGAGGCAAGCGCAGGAACCCAAGCAACAGAAACCAAGACUACAUGGCACCAUCGGAGCCCAAUUCUCCCACCAAAACAAACAUGGAAUAUCCAAACACACCAGAAAAGCAAGAUCUAGUUUCAAAAUCAUAUUUGAUCAUGAUGCUGGAGGACUUCAAGAAAGACGUGAAGAACUCCCUUAGAGAACAAGUAGAAGCCUACAGAGAGGAAUCGCAAAAAUGCCUGAAAGAAUUCCAGGAAAACAUAAAUAAACAAGUAGAAACCCAUAGAGAGGAGACACAAAAAUCCCUGAAAGAAUUCCAGGAAAACACAAUCAAACAGUUGAAGGAAUUAAAAAUGGAAAUAGAAGCAAUCAAGAAAGAACACAUGGAAACAACCCUGGAUAUAGAAAAUCAAAAGAAGAGACAAGGAGCUGUAGAUACAAGCUUCACCAACAGAAUACAAGAGAUGGAAGAGAGAAUCUCCGGAGCAGAAGAUUCCAUAGAAAUCAUUGACUCAACUGUCAAAGAUAAUGUAAAGCAGAAAAAGCUACUGGUCCAAAACAUACAGGAAAUCCAGGACUCAAUGAGAAGAUCAAACCUAAGGAUAAUAGGUAUAGAAGAGAGUGAAGACUCCCAGCUCAAAGGACCAGUAAAUAUCUUCAACAAAAUCAUAGAAGAAAACUUCCCUAACCUAAAAAAAGAGUUACCCAUAGGCAUACAAGAAGCCUACAGAACUCCAAAUAGAUUGGACCAGAAAAGAAACACUUCCCGUCACAUAAUAGUCAAAACACCAAACGCACAAAAUAAGAAAGAAUAUUAAAAGCAGUAAGGGAAAAAGGUCAAGUAACAUAUAAAGGCAGACCUAUCAGAAUCACACCAGACUUUUCGCCAGAAAUUAUGAAGGCCAGAAGAUCCUGGACAGAUGUCAUACAGACCCUAAGAGAACACAAAUGCUAGCCCAGGUUACUGUAUCCUGCAAAACUCUCAAUUAACAUAGAUGGAGAAACCAAGAUAUUCCAUGACAAAACCAAAUUUACACAAUAUCUUUCUACAAAUCCAGCACUACAAAGGAUAAUAAAGGGUAAAGCCCAACAUAAGGAGGCAAGCUAUACCCUAGAAGAAGCAAGAAACUAAUCGUCUUGGCAACAAAACAAAGAGAAGAAAAGCACACAAACAUAACCUCACAUCCAAAUAUGAAUAUAACAGGAAGCAAUAAUCACUAUUCCUUAAUACCUCUCAACAUCAAUGGCCUGAACUCCCCAAUAAAAAGACAUAGAUUAACAAACUGGAUAAGCAACGAGGACCCUGCAUUCUGCUGCCUUCAGGAAACACACCUCAGAGACAAAGACAGACACUACCUCAGAGUGAAAGGCUAGAAAACAACUUUCCAAGCAAAUGGUCAGAAGAAGCAAGCUGGAGUAGCCAUUCUAAUAUCAAAUAAAAUCAAUUUUCAAUUAAAAGUCAUCAAAAAAGAUAAGGAAGGACACUUCAUAUUCAUCAAAGGAAAAAUCCACCAAGAUGAACUCUCAAUCCUAAAUAUCUAUGCCCCAAAUACAAGGGCACCUACAUACGUAAAAGAAACCUUACUAAAGCUCAAAACACACAUUGCACCUCACACAAUAAUAGUGGGAGAUUUCAACACCCCACUCUCAUCAAUGGACAGAUCAUGGAAACAGAAAUUAAACAGAGACGUAGACUAAGAGAAGUCAUGAGCCAAAUGGACUUAACAGAUAUUUAUAGAACAUUCUAUCUUAAAGCAAAAGGAUAUACCUUCUUCUCAGCUCCUCAUGGUACUUUCUCCAAAAUUGACCAUAUAGUUGGUCAAAAAACGGGCCUCAACAGGUACAGAAAGAUAGAAAUAAUCCCAUGCGUGCUAUCAGACCACCACGGCCUAAAACUGGUCUUCAAUAACAAUAAGGGAAGAAUGCCCACAUAUACGUGGAAAUUGAACAAUGCUCUACUCAAUGAUAACCUAGUCAAGGAAGAAAUAAAGAAAGAAAUUAAAAACUUUUUAGAAUUUAAUGAAAAUGAAGGUACAACCUACCCAAACUUAUGGGAUACAAUGAAAGCUGUGCUAAGAGGAAAACUCAUAGCGCUGUGUGCCUGCAGAAAGAAACAGGAAAGAGCAUAUGUCAGCAGCUUGACAGCACACCUAAAAGCUCUAGAGCAAAAAGAAGCAAAUACACCCAGGAGGAGUAGAAGGCAGGAAAUAAUCAAACUCAGAGCUGAAAUCAACCAAGUAGAAACAAAAAGAACCAUAGAAAGAAUCAACAGAACCAAAAGUUCAUUCUUUGAGAAAAUCAACAAGAUAGAUAAACCCUUAGCCAGACUAACGAGAGGACCCAGAGAGUGUGUCCAAAUUAACAAAAUCAGAAAUGAAAAGUUAGACAUAACUACAGAUUCAGAGGAAAUUCAAAAAAUCAUCAGAUCUUACUAUAAAAGCCUAUAUUCAACAAAACUUGAAAAUCUACAGGAAAUGGACAAUUUCCUAGACAAAUACCAGGUACCGAAGUUAAAUCAGGAACAGAUAAACCAGUUAAACAACCCCAUAACUCCUAAGGAAAUAGAAGCAGUCAUUAAAGGUCUCCCAACCAAAAAGAGCCCAGGUCCAGACGGGUUUAGUGCAGAAUUCUAUCAAACCUUCAUAGAAGACCUCAUACCAAUAUUAUCCAAACUAUUCCACAAAAUAAAAGCCUCACCAAUGGAGGAAAAGACAUCAUAAAUAGAAAGACAAAGAAAGUCACUGUAGAAUUAGGAGAAUUGAAUGGUACCUGGCAUGUUCUCUUAUUACUUUGGAUUAAAGCUAGAUAUCGACAAGAUCAGAAAUUGUAUAAAACAUACAAAUGUGAAAGCCUAUAACAUACCCCAACCUAUGGGACUCAAGGCAGUAAUAAGAGGCAAGGUCAUAACCCUACGUACGCACUUGUAUCAAAAACUAGCAGAUUCCUUAUUGAUAACAUUGCACUUGAAAGCUUUAUAUGCACAAGAAGAAAUAAUACCCAAAAGAAGAUGAAAAAUACAUAAUUAAAUUCCACUAAAUGAAUGAAAUAUAAACAGACAAGAGAAUCAUAAAAUGAGGAGUUGUUUCAUUGAAAGGAAUUCAAUGAAAUUGAUAAGCCUUUAGCAAAAAAAAAAUGAAAAACAAAAAACCCAGAAAGGAUCCAAAUUAAUAAAGUCAGUACUCAAAGGAGGGACAUUAAAAGAGACACUAAGGAAAUUCAGAGAAUAUUAAGAACAUAUUUUAAAAAUUAUAUGUUCCACAAAACUAAAAAAACUCUAGAAAAAUAAAUGGAUUUAUUGAUAAACAUGACCUACAUUAUUAAAAUCAAGUUGAAGUAAACAUUUUAAACAGCCCCAUAACUCCUAUUGAUAUAGAAACAGUAAUUAAAAUUCUGCCAACCAAUAAAAACCGAAGCGAGAUAGACUCAAUACAGACUAGUAUCAUUGAAAGAACAACAUCAAUACUCCUUAAAUUAUUCCAGGGAAUGGAAAUGAGAACAUCUUCUAUGUCUUUAAUGAAGCAAAUAUGACCUUGACACUAAAGCCAUACAAAGAUCCAACAAAACAAGAAAAUUAUAGAACAAUUAUAGAACAUAUAACAUAGAAAAUUAUAGAACAACCUUCUGAGUACGGAUGGGAAAAUUCUCAAAUAUUCACAAACCACAUUCGAAAAAUUAUCCACUAUGAUCAGACUGGUUUCAUGCCAGAGAUAAGAGAAUGGUUCAACAUAGAUAAAUCAGCAAAUCUAGCCUAACACAUAAACAGGCUGAAAAGCAGAAACCACAUGAUUUUGUCAUUAGGGAAAAAAAAAACCCUUAACAAAAUCCAAUACCUCUUCAGGUUAAUAUUUUGGUAAGACUAGGUAUAGAAGGGACAUAUCUGAACAUAAUGAAGGCUAUUGUAGCAAACUUAUAGCAAUAUAAUUUUUAAUAGACAUAAAUACAGCACACUUCCAGUAGAAUAUAACAGGUAUGUCCAUUUUCUCAUACUUAUUAAAUAGAGUAAUUGACAUAUUUGCAAUAGUAAUAAGACAACUAUAGGAGAACAAAACAAUACAAAUAGGAAAAGAAGAAGUAAUAUCUUUAUUUGCAGAUAUUAUUUUGUUCACACAAGACCCAUCAGGAAAUUACAGUUGAUAAUAAUUACUUCAAGCAAAGUAGAAGGAUACAAAAUUAAUACACCAAAUUUUUCUAUUACAAGAGUUGUAUAUGCAAAUGACAAUCAUAUUGAGAAAGAAAUUAAGAAAAUGUUACCUUUCAGAGUAGCCUCAAAAGUAUAUAUUGAUAUAAAUCUAUCCAAGCAAGUCAUAGAUUGUAUAAUGACAACUUUAAAGAAUUGAAGAAACUGAAGAUAUCAGAAGAGGGAAGGACCUACCAAGGGCAUAAGUUGAUAGGAUUAAUAAUGCAACAUUGAGCAUCAUACAAAAACAAUCUAUAUAGUCAAUGAGAUUCUGAGGAAACUCCAGAAAAAUGAACAGAAAUUGAUUUUAAAAAUCUUUUUUUAUGUUCAUAGCACCUUUAUUUGUAAUAGCCAGAAACUGGAAACAACCCAGAUGUCCCUCAAAUGAACAAUGGAUAAAGAAAAUGUGGUACACUUACACAGUGAAAUACUGCUCAGCUAUUAAAAACAAAAACAUCCUAAAAUUUGCAGGCUAGAUUUUAAAAAUCUUAAAUAUUAUAUAGAUGCACUAAAAUUCCAGGUAUCUGAAGUCACAAUGUGGGAAAUUAGAAAGAUGAAGUAAAGAUUUAAUAAUUUAACUAAUUAAAAGUGGGUGGUAAGCAUGGACAGUCCCAUGGCUCCAGCUGCAUAUGUAGCAGAGGAUGGCCUUGUUGGGCACCAGAGGGAGGAGAAGCCCUUGAUCCUGUGAAGUUUGGACCCCCCCCACCCCAGUGUAUGGGAAUUUCAGGGUGGGGAGGAGAG